UAUUUCUCAAAUUUUCUAGCAACAACAAUAAUGGCAAACCAUCUUCAAAAUGCAUUAACCACCAGACCUAAACCUGAACUAAUCAAAGAAGAACAACGAUUUGACGAAGAUACAGUGAAUUUGCAAGCACAGAGGAUCGUUUACUCCUCCAUGGCCUUCCCAAUGGUUCUCAAAGCAGCUUUGGAGCUUGGCGUCUUAGACAUGAUCGCUUCCCUAGAUGACGGCGUGUGGCUAUCGUCUUCCGAGAUCGCUCAUGGCCUCCCAACCAAGCCCAUCAACCCGGAGGCACCGGUAUUGCUUGACCGGAUGCUAGUUUUACUAGCCAGCCACUCAAUCUUAAAGUACCGUACAGUAGAAACCGGGGACAACGGUAGUGGUGGUGGAAGUGGAAAGACCGAGAGGGUCUAUGCAGCUGAACCGGUUUGCACAUUUUUCUUGAACCGUGGAGAUGGCUCGGGUUCUUACGCAUCUGUGCUCAUGAUAACCCUAAGCGAAGUCCAUUUCAAGACUUGGACACAUCUAAAAGAUGUGAUAUUAGAAGGAAAAGAUGCAUUCAGCUCUGCUUAUGGCAUGGGAGUGUUCGAAUACCUUGGUUCGAACGAAGGGUUCGCUAAAAAGUUUGAUCAGGCAAUGUCGGAAGCUUCCACAUUGAUUAUGAAGAAGGUUUUAGAAAUUUACAAAGGAUUUGAAAAUGUAAAUACUUUGGUUGAUGUGGGAGGAGGAAUUGGAACUACUUUAGGUCUAGUGACGUCCAAGUAUCCUCAUAUUAAAGGCAUCAAUUUCGACCUAGCCUCAGUUAUAGUACAUGCUCCUCUAUAUCCAGGAGUUGAGCAUGUUUCAGGAGAUAUGUUUAUAGAAAUUCCAAAAGGAGAUGCCAUUCUUCUAAAAUGGAUACUACAUGACUGGACAGACGAAGAUUGUGUAAAGAUACUUAAAAAAUGUUGGAGAAGUCUUUCCGUUAAAGGGAAAGUGAUAAUAGUCGAGAUGAUUACCCCGGAGGACCCAAAGGACAACGACAUUUCAUCAAAUAUUGUCUUCGGCUUGGACAUGUUGAUGUUAACACAAUGCUCAGGUGGUAAGGAGAGGUCUCUUUCCCAAUUCAAGACUCUAGCCUCUGAUUCAGGUUUUCUUUGUUGUGAAAUCAUUUGUCUUGCCUAUUCAUAUUAUGUUAUCGAAUUACACAAAUAGAUUCAACACUUUACCAAGAAAAGGCAAGAUUGAUAUCUUGUCAAUGUGAUGAAUUAUAUGUGUAAGGUAUUUUUACACAUAAUAUAAAUAAAUGAAACGCGAGGAGCUUUUCUGGUUUUGUUAA